AUGUCGAACGUCCCUGCCCAUCUCCCCGGUGAUCUUGGCGAGCACGACCCUCGCCGUGAGGCCCACCCCAUCGGCAACGAGCCCGGCUCUGGUGGCCACGAAGUCAAGCUUGGUUCCAACGAGGCCAAGGGCAUUGAGCACGGUGCCACUGCCGCCGAGCACAGCGACAACAACAACCCCAGAUCAGACAACACUGCUGAGCACGCCUUCAACGGUGGCAGCGUCGAGAACAUGGACCGUCAGAAGCGCCAGCAAGCAUCAGACAUUCCCGGUGGCCGCACUGGCCACGACGGUGUUGAGGACCACCUCACCCGUGCCGGUGUCCAGCAGGAGUCCAACCGCGGCGACAACUACGGCAGCGGUCUUACCGGUAACACCGGCUCCGGCCUGACUGGCUCCGGUCACCACCACGACCACUCUCACACCCACCACCACGGCUCGACUGGCUCGGGUCUGACCGGCGGUCUCUCUCAGUCUGGCACUGAGCCCAUCUCUGGCGUUAGAGGUGCCGGUGUUGGCGGUGCCCCCUACGACGGAGGCAACCUCCAGUCCACUGGCUUCAGCGGCUCCGACCCCCAGGAGCGUCACCAGCUUCACCACGGCACUGCCCACCACGCCCACGACUUCAGCCACCAGCACAACACCCGCACUGGUGAGCUCCUCGACCCUGCCAGCGGUAGAGACACUGGUAUUCCCGGCUACGCUGGUGGUGCCUCUGGCUUGACCGGCUCGCACACUGGCACCGGCCUUACUGGCUCGUCCCACACUGGCACCGGCCUCACCGGCUCGCACACCGGCACUGGUCUGACCGGCUCAAACACCACUGGUUACGGCCAGACCGGCACUACCGGCGAGCGCCUCAGAGAGGAUGUCCGCGAGGGUGAGCGUGGCCUUACUGGCUCUCACACCGGCACCGGACUUACUGGUUCGCACACUGGUACUGGCCUGGCCGGCUCAUCUACCGGCUCGGGUCUUACCGGCUCGCACACUGGUACCGGCCUCACUGGCUCAAACACCACUGGCUAUGGCCAGACCGGCACUACCGGCGACCGCCUCAGAGAGGACGUUCGUGAGGGCGAGCGUGGUCUCACCGGCACUUCCACCGGCCACCACGGCUCGACCGGCUCAGGCCUGACUGGCUCCCACACUGGUCAGCACGAGACCACUGGUGAGCGCGUCAGAGACGAGGUCCGCGAGGGUGAGCACGCCCACAACAGCACCGGCACCACUGAGCACAAGAAGCCUUCGCUCUUGGACAAGCUCAACCCCCUCAAGGACUCUGACGGUGACGGCAAGAAGGGUUUCAUGAAGUAA